AAAUUUUAUCAAUACCGCGGCAGCCAUCUAGUCUUGCUGGCAGUUGCUCGCGAAAAGUUACGCGCCGAACGCCAAACGAUCGACCGGGGGUGUUGCCGAGCAAGCCGAUCGACAAAUCGACGAGGAUUAUCGGAACAAGAAGAGCUCGAGGCGAUCGAUUACGAGCAGCAUGGCUACGGAGGGUGGUUUAGCACCGGAUGCAGCUGCAGGUGCAGGCGCCGGCACCGACGGCAUCGUCGGUGGCCCCAGAACGCCCCAGCAAAUUGCCUCGCAGAAGCGGCUGCAGGCGACGCAAGCGCAAGUCGACGAAGUCGUCGACAUUAUGAAGACAAAUGUGGAGAAGGUCCUCGAGCGCGAUCAAAAACUCUCCGAGCUCGACGAUCGAGCAGAUGCACUUCAACAAGGAGCGUCACAAUUUGAACAACAAGCAGGAAAAUUGAAGAGAAAGUUCUGGCUACAGAAUCUAAAGAUGAUGAUCAUUAUGGGUGUAAUCGGACUCAUUGUACUGGCCAUCAUUGUCGCGAGCGUCACCGGCGGCAGCAAUACGCAAAAUUGAAUGCGAGAGUAAGAGCUAAAGUAAAAUAACAUAACAACUACAGCAACAAUAAAAAGAGAGGUAAAAGGAGAAGAGGAGGAUCAAGAAAGAGAAGGAAGAAACGGCGGCUGAGAAAUUUCCGAAGAGGAGAUGGUUUUUAGAGAGACAGAUCUCGCAAGAUGGAAAUUGUGAUGAGCCGUUGAUGAGCUCUGCCGGAGUUCUCCGCGAACGUAAUCGUCGGAUCGAUCGCGCGCGGGAAUCAAUCGAUCGAUGGUCGGCCUUGGGAUUCAUCGUGGGAAAGGAGGAAGGAUGACAGCGGAUGAUCGGAAGCAGGAAACGUUGAUCCGAGCGGGAACAACGAAGAGAGUCGUCGCGAUGAUCACGGAACUUUCCUGUUAUCCUUCAUAGCGUUUUUUUUUUCCUUUUCCGGAUCGAGUAGAAGAAGUCGAGGGAUCCACGCCGAACCGGCACGAUCUCCAUAUCUCGCAUGGACGAAGGUUGCGUCGGCGAUAAUUAACACGUCCGCUGAUUUCUCGAUCAUUAUUUCAUUGCGUUAUUACUUUAGAUUAUUUUUUAAUUUAAUUGACGUAAAAUUUCAUUAUUACCACGCUCUUUUCGCAACAGUACGUUAUUUUGAGGAACGUUAAUUCAUAUCUUAAGUUUCGGCGAAUGCGAAAUUAAAUUGAAAAUACAGAUAUCUUAAUGGAUUUAAGAUAUCUUAGAUCUAUCUUAGGUCUUAGUCUAAGUCAGAGAUUUUGUUAGAUAAGCGGAAUUAAAACUGAUCCUAUUAAAAUCUCAUAAUAAGAUGAUCUAAACGCAACUGAUUGAUAAGACGAGAUACGUGCAUCGCGCUUUCCUUCGUCCAUCUUCGUUAAUUAAGAUUGUCCGAAAAAAGUUAGAAAAAAAUGAGAAAUACAGAAACAAAUGGUUAUUGUAAACAAAGAAGCGAAAAGUUCGUAAAAAAAAAGAGGAAAAAUUCGUUAUAGCA